AAGCCCGGCCGACGGCGCGCUAUGACCCCGCGCACGUGGUGCCGCGUCGGCCGCCGCUGAGCGCCCGAGGCCGCGGACUCACAGGUGGCCGGUGAGGGUCCCGUCCCCGAGCGGCGCCACACCCGGUCUGCUCAUUCCGGCCGUGCCCGCGGCUGGCAUGCUGCGGACACCAUGGUUGUCUGUGUCGGUCAGUGCGUGAUGGACCCGACACUUCCACUGUUGGAAUCUAGCAGCAGCAGCAGCAACGGCAGCCACACGGGCGGCGGCGGUGACCGGACAGCUUCGGCCGCUCCGCCGACGGGUCCAGGUGCGCUCGCCAGCCCGCCCAAGAUGAUGCUGGACGCCGUGGAGGUGGCCGCCACGCCUAGCCUGGCCGACGUGCACCUCGAUUGGGAGCAGCUGUGCAGAGGCCGGCUGUCACCGCCCACCAGCCCCUGGCACCUCGACGACGCGCCGACGACGCCCAGCCCCGGCUACCUGGACACGCCCUCUACCAGCGUCGACGUCGGCGACGACUUCUUCAGCUUCCCCACGGUGACGACAGUUGGAGACGAUCUGCGGAGCAGCGCUGAGGGCGAGUCCACCUCCAGCAGCGCCGCACCGACCAGCGCCGCCGCCGGCGCCGUCCCUGCCCUGCCGGCCAGUCGCGCCGGCCCCCAGCCCACCAACCCCAACAGCCUGAGCAGCGCGGCGGCGCCGCCGUCGCCGUCCGCCGAGCAGCCGGCCGUGCUGGGCAUGUUUCCGUCCCAGCAGCCGACCGAGCAGGAGCAGGAGAGCGGCGAGCAGGCGGCGCGCCCGCCGCAGCAGGCCGAGCCGGCCGUGACCACCACACUGGCCGCCUGGUUCCCGUCCUUCUUCUCCGCCUACGGUCAGCCGCCGGCCCAGCAGGAGACAUUCCAGCCACCCCCGCAGCAGCAGCAGCAGCAGCAGCUUCAGCAACCACACCUCCAGCAGCCGCAUCAACACCACCAGCAUCCGCAUCAACACCAGCAGCACCAUCACCAGCUCCAGCCGCAGCCGCCGUUCGGGCGCGACCCGGGCCUGUGCCAGCCGCCGGGUCUGCUGUUCGACCCGAGCGGCGUGUACAGCCGGCCGCCGCCGGCGUACCCGGCCAGCGCGGCGCCGGCGGCCGGCCUGCUCCGCUGGCAGCCGCCCGUCCUGCCGUCCGUCCUCCAGUUCGACCCGACGCUGGUCGCGGCCGGGCCCUCAGCGAUGCCUCCGACCGUAUCAACUUCCUCAGCGCUAACCGCGCCCGUAGUGGGUCCGUCAGGUCUGAGCUCGCCCGUCACCGGCCCGUCAGGUCUGACCUCGCCCGUUACGGGUCCGUCAGGUAUGACGUCACCCGUUGCUGGUGUCUCAAGUCUAACCUCCGCUGUAGCGGGCCCCUCCGGUCUGACCUCGCCUGUGGCAGGUCCCUCCGGCCUGACCUCGCCCGUAGCGGGUCCCUCAGGCCUGAGCUCGCCCGUUGCUGGCCCCUCCGGCCUGGCGCCGUCGUCAUCAGCGGCGACAGGGUCAUCCCUACCGCUGCGGCCGGUGCGGCCUCGCCGGGGCUCGCCGCGACCCAGCCGGACACCGCUGGAAGAACGACCCUACCCGUGUCCGGACAAGUCGUGUCGCAGUCGGUUCUCUCGCUCGGACGAGCUGACGCGACACAUUCGCAUCCACACGGGUCAGAAGCCGUUCCAGUGCAGCAUCUGCCUGCGCUCGUUCUCGCGCUCGGACCAUCUGACCACACACAUCCGCACUCACACCGGGGAGAAGCCCUUCCAGUGCGAGGUCUGCAACAAGAAGUUCGCCCGCUCCGACGAGAAGAAGCGGCACGCCCGCGUUCACGUACGCCGGCCGCGGCGGGCGGGCCGGGGUCCUGGGGGUCCCGGCGGCGACCCGGGCACCAGUUCGGGGCCGGGACCGGGCGGUCGGCCCGGCCGGGGCGCCGGCCGCGCCUCUGCCACACAGACCCGAGGCGCCGGCUCGGCAGGCAGCGGCUAGUCGGCGGCCAAAUUUCGGGUGUCUGGCUCGGUGGGCCACCACUGUGUGAUAUGGGCCGGCCGGCGAGGCGGCCGGCGGCGGCGCGGCGCUGACGCCCGCCGGCCGGCCAGUACAAAGAGUCGCCGCCGUGAAAACCAGUGCCAAGUCAUCCAGCAUCCAGGCUGCUCAGCCAGCUUCACGCUCAUGCCAUUGCACUCGCAACGAACGUAGGCAAUCUUUUAUAGGCGCCGUCGUCGCAGCGGGUGGGGACGGCGCGGUUGUUCGAUGUACCGGGAGUGUAGACGCCCGCGGCGGCGCUGCGACUGCCAUUAACUACAUGUACCUGCAGCGGAGGACCGGCGCCCAGCGCCGCAAAGGAGACCGCUUCAGCCAAUCAAUCGCUCAUACGAUUGAAUAAUCAUGUCAUGCAUGCAUCGCUGUUACCUAUAACACAUCGUCGUGCAUCUUGUUACUAUUCUUAUAUAAGAGUUUUUACUUUAAUAAACGUGGCUGGAAUGGGA